UCUGCUAGUGUUCAUUGCACACACACACACACACACACACUCACCUACUCCUCCAAUCCUCAGCAGCCUAACAGAGAUACACUCGACCACGCAAAUCUGUGAUUCCGGGGACCGGAGCAGCAGACGACACCACAGGUUCCCGACCCCUGUUCUAGGUGAUGGCAGGGAUGAAAGAGCAGCAGUUCCCAGAGGAAAAGCCUUUACUCCCUGAGCAGAAAGGAAUCCACUCAGACAUGGAGAAAGGAGAAGCAGAGGGGCGGUCCUGCUCUGCCAGCCCCAAAGCCUUUAACAACACUCCGCCCCACAGCCGUCCCACUCACCGCUGGCACGUCAUCGCACGGCACUGGCUCCGCAAGACCCGCUGUCGGACCGACGAGGUCCUUCCGGACAACGAUGAACAGCUGAUGCCAGCGGGCGACUGGAAGGAACAUGAUGUUGAGACUCCUUUUGGGAUGCUGCAUGUUGUGAUCCGUGGAGCGCCCAAAGGAAACAAGCCUGCUAUCCUCACCUACCACGAUGUGGGACUGAACCACAAGCUGUGCUUCAACACUUUCUUCAGUAACGAGGACAUGCAGGAGAUCACCAAGCACUUUGUGGUUUGCCACGUUGACGCCCCGGGACAGCAGAUUGGAGCAUCGCAGUUCCCGCAAGGGCACCAGUAUCAAACUAUGGACCAGUUGGCUGCCAUGUUGCCUACUGUAGUGCAGCAUUUUGGAUUCAAGAGUAUCGUUGGGAUUGGAGUCGGAGCUGGAUCAUACAUCCUGGCCAAAUUUGCGCUGAUGUUCCCUGACCUGGUGGAGGGUCUGGUUCUGCUCAACAUCGAUCCCAAUGGUAAAGGCUGGAUUGACUGGGCAGCAUCCAAGCUUUCGGGACUGACGAGCACCCCGCCAGAUACGGUAUUGCCACAUCUUUUCAGUCAGGAGGAACUGAUGAACAACACAGAGCUGGUGCAGAGCUAUCGGCAACAGAUCAACAACAGCAUCAACCAGUUCAACCUGCAGCUGUUCUGGAGCAUGUACAACAGCCGGAGGGACUUGGACAUGAACCGCAGUGGGACUGUGCUUAAUGCCAAAACCCUGAAGUGUCCAGUUAUGUUGGUGGUGGGAGACAACGCCCCAGCAGAGGAGGGCGUGGUGGAAUGCAACUCCAAACUUGACCCAACCAACACCACCUUCCUCAAGAUGGCUGACUCUGGUGGACUCCCCCAGCUGACACAGCCUGGGAAGCUCACUGAGGCGUUUAAGUACUUCCUGCAAGGAAUGGGCUACAUCGCUUCAGUGAAGGAUCGGAGGUUGAGUGGAGGGCCAGUGCCCUCCGCCAGUAUGACCCGCCUGGCUCGCUCCAGGACCGCAUCCCUGACCAGCGCCAGCUCCUUGGAAGGGUCGCGCUCUCGGGCCUGCGUCCACUCCGACAGCACGGAGGGUGUCGGCGCCAUUGCCCAUACCAUGGAGGUGUCCUGCUGAAGUGUCAGAACAGGAAAGGUGGUAAAAAGGGUAUUGACGACGUGAUGACGGUGGAAAAGACAGGCCUGGCUGUUUUUCUGGACAGUAUGUCCUUCAGAUGCUUUGCUACGGUGUCACAUAGCAUAUGAUAUACUUGCUAAUACCCACCUGAAACUCAACCCUGUUGGCCAGCACUUACACGUUUACUUUGACUAUCCGUUGUUUGUGUUGGUAACUGUCUUACUCAUGGUACCCCCUUCCUCAAACCCCUCAACCACAACCAGAAAUGUACCUUAUUGACCUGCUGAUGAGCGACGAAUGCAGGGUGUUGCUUGUAUCGAAGCCCACAUGCAGACUCAAAAAAGGGCUUUUGUUUAAGACUCCGCCGAUAACUACAAGUGGAACUUUAUUAGCAAGCGUGCAACAGAAUCAAAUUUUAGCCAUUUUUCUCCCAUGUGCCAGUCAGUUUUGAAGUCCUUGAUCCAAAUUUUGGCUCCUUCGCACACAUGCCUUGGCAGGUGAUCGUAUGGAUUGGGCUGCUAGUGACUCCGGCCAUAGAUAACAUUUGGUUGACUCUGACAUUGGAAGGGACUAACAUUCUUAAAAACAAUAGACUGCUGCUACAUAGCAGGUCUUUGAUUAGCUAUUUGUCGCAAGUCCUUGAAAAAAGCAGCUUUUGGGUGCACUUCAGAUCUCUUGGGAAACCCCAAUUGUCAUUGGGAUCACUUGGGUUCUUUAGGGACCUUCCCCAAAACCUUCCUGGGCCUGAAUGGGUUUAAUUUGGACCUUGUAGAUACGAAGAAAAAAUGAACUAAGUUUAGGGUUGGAAAAAAAGUACCCUUUACCUGUGAGAUAGGACGGAUCUAGUCUGAGCGCUUAGUACCGGAUCAAAAGUCUGUAUCCUCUACAGGAGGGGGCAUGCCCUGACAAGAUUGGUUUCAGUCUCCAGUUAAAGCCUGGUUUAUACUCUCGUGUCACGUAGCUGGCGCCUGCGUACCCUCCCGCAAACCCGCAGUGCUUUGAUCGGCCAGCUAUUGCCGAGGAGGGAACCUAUUCACAGGAGAGCAGACGUUGUGCUAGAAACACAAUUACUUAGAACAUUUGCAUGCUAACUGAUAUUGUGUCGUUAAUAUCUCGAUGUGCUGUAAAAAAAUAAUUACCGAAUGUGUCGUUUUUCAGCAUGUUGUGUCGUAGCGCCCAGAAGAGGUUUACACAAAGUACGAUGUUGUUUUUAACUUUUAUUGUCAAUCUUGUGCUAACAGCAGGUUCAAUUGCAACAUAUAGAAUUUCUUGUGCUUUUUUACUUUCGCACACAACAUUUUGUCUUCGUCAAUCAUCUUUCAGGCAUGGGAAAUUCACAAAACAUAAACACAUAAUCAUAAACAACUGUAAGUUACUACAAUCGUUGUUAAACAUUUUUAUUUAUAGUAAAUUACAUAGCGCUCUGUUGUCCAAUGUUCCGAAUGGCCAAAUCGCGAUGCAGAUUCGCCCGUCCUCUGCAAGUCCACCUUCGCAAACGUCUUCUCUUCAGGUUCCGAAGAAUUGUGAACAUUAAAAGUGACCGUUGUUUCAAAAGAAUUGGUUCCAGCUCCAACGUUAAAGUGGAUGUCGCUUCAGACGCCACUAUUUACAAGUUCCCAACCACUACUAUACGCACUCUCUCUCUCAUCUCUCUUUCUCGUGAAGAUAGUCAACAAGAAUGGCAGUCGAAAACACUGCUCCCUAGGGUUUUGGAAGAGAAUUGCCAGUUACACGCCAGCCUCCACCGAUGAGCUGUAAACGAACGAACUACAGGGGCAAGCUACGUGACGCGAUGAUAUAUAUAUCAGCUUUAAGCUAGAGUGCAUGAACUAAUGAAGUCUGUGUCUUCUAAGAUAAACUAAGCAGUCCAGUUGAGAUUCAUUCUCGGAAAGUUUGGUCACGUAGCCGUCAUAUAAUUUUUGGUCCUGUUAAAACGCACCAGGUUAGAAUUUGGUCAAGCGUGACUGCAGUCUACGGUCAUUUUGAAUUGUACCAAACCAAGCGGAUCGAGACCGGGUCUUGGUUUGCUUGUGCUGCAGUGUCAAUGGCAAUUAUACCAUCCAUCCAUUUUAUACUGUGUAUCCCUUUCGGGGUUGCGGGGGGCGCUGGAGCCUAUCUCAGCUACAAUCGGGCGAAAGUCGGGGUAAACCCUGGACAAGUCGUCACCUCCUCGCAGGGCGCCAAUUAUACCAGUUGCACCAAAAAGCCGAUGUGACGUCGCCAGGAGAGACCAGGUUGUGGUUAUUAAGACCCAACAGAACGCUGAGGUUACAUCGAAAUGAAACCAUAGUCCUUCAGUCGUUGUUUUGGUUGAGCUGCGUCAAACAAUGUUCACUUCACAUAAUCCAUCCAAUCAAGGCACAUCUUGUAAAUGCUAUAAUCCGCAUUUUUUAGUCCAGACAAAAACGCAAACUCUAAGGUUUGGUCAGAUUACCAAACUACAAGUCUGAAUGCACCCUAAAAGUGUGAUGGCAAGAGGCGGUCAACAAAGUAUGGUAAGAAAACACCGUCAGGUGGAAGAUAAAAGAGGGUAAUAGUAAAAAGAGGAUCACUCUGACACAGGUUGCAGAAUGUGGAGGUCGAUAAAGACCGGCAAGUGUUUUGAAGAACCCGAAAUGUACAAUCCGGCGUCACAAAUGGAGAGGCACCACUUGCCUAGUGCCCGUGGUUUGCUUCGUUGUCUGGUCUAAUGGGGUUAUAAGUCAGGGCAUCUGGAGUGGAAACAGGAAAGAAUAGACAAGAAGAGCCCGGGCCGUGACAACGAAAACAGUACUUGGCAUAUUUGAGUGUCUGUCUUUGCUCGUCGCUGUUUUCGCCCAGAACAUAGCCAAGUGUAUGAACGUAUACAGAACCACUUGGUAAAACUAACAGUAUUUAUUUAGUCAUAUUCUUUUUUCUUUCCUAACAGCUUAGGCCAAGUAUUUAUUUCAAAUUGAUAUUAAUAAACACGAUUUUCCUUAUUUUA